CCCUCGGGCGCGGCCCUGCGCACGCUGCCCCCCAGGACGGCCUAGGGGCGCGUGCUCGUGGGAUUUCUUCCUUCCUCGGCCCCUCCCGUCAGACACUUAUGAAGUUUCUGGCUCUGAAGUCGCUGCACUGCAAUGAAGAAAAGGCGAAAGGCUGCUGCCAGUCUUGACGAGAAGAUCCACCUGGGCCACCACCCUAAAGAUUCCUCGGGGGGACAUGUCGCAGCGGCGUGCGACCCGCUGACCUAUGCCCGCCGCGCCGACCGGCCGACCCCCGACGCCCUUCGCCGUUACCAGGACCUGGCCCCGUCCCCCGACCAGCGGACGCUCCUCAGUUCUUGGCAAUACAAUAAGAACCUGCUCAAGUAUUUAAAUGACGACAGGCAGAAGCAGCCGUCUUUCUGCGACCUGCUCAUCGUGGUGGAAGGGAAAGAGUUCAGCGCCCAUAAAGUCGUGGUGGCCGUGGGCAGCAGUUACUUCCACGCCUGUCUGAGCAAAAACCCCAGCACGGAUGUCGUCACCCUGGACCACGUCACGCACUCCGUUUUCCAGCAUCUGCUCGAAUUUCUGUACACGUCGGAAUUCUUUGUGUACAAAUACGAAAUACCCCUCGUGUUAGAGGCUGCAAAAUUCCUGGACAUCAUCGACGCCGUGAAGUUGCUCAACAACGAGAGCGUCGCCCCGUUUCAGUCCGAGCUAACAGACAAGCCGUCCCCAGAAGAAACACUAGGCGACGUCACUGGAAGGCUGUCGAAUAAUCAUCAGUGUAAAUUCUGUAGCAGACAUUUUUGUUAUAAGAAGUCCUUAGAGAACCAUCUGGCCAAAACCCACAGGUCCCUUUUAUUGGGGAAAAAACAUGGGUUAAAGAUGCUGGAGAGGAGCUUUUCCACAAGGAGGUCUAAAAGGAACCGCAAGUGCCCUGUGAAGUUUGACGACAGCAGCGAUGAGGAGCCAGAGAGUGGCGAUGGGUCGGACCCUCUGAACGAGGACAAUUCCGAUAAGGAGAAGUCUGAUAGAAAUGAUUCCGAGGAUGCUGGAAGUGAGUACAACGCCGAAGAGGACGAGCUAGAGGAGAUGUCAGAUGAGUCGUCCGACACCGAGGAGCAGAGUGACAAAGAGCAGCAGGACGUGGAGGAGGAACCCGAGGCUGGCGAGUCCGUGGGAAGCAUUCACCGCGGGCUGACUCCCGUGGUCAUUCAGAACAGCAACAAGAAAAUCCUGCAGUGUCCUAAGUGUGAUAAAACCUUUGACCGAAUAGGGAAAUAUGAGAGCCACACACGUGUUCACACAGGUGAGAAGCCCUUUGAGUGUGAUAUUUGUCACCAGCGCUAUUCGACAAAGUCUAACCUAACUGUUCACAGAAAGAAGCACAGUAAUGAAACAGACUUUCAUAAGAAGGAGCACAAGUGCCCUUAUUGUAAUAAACUCCACGCAAGCAAGAAGACUUUAGCCAAGCAUGUUAAGAGAUUUCAUCCUGAAAAUGCACAAGAAUUUAUUUCCAUUAAGAAGACUAAGAGUGAAAGUUGGAAAUGUGAUAUUUGCAAGAAGUCUUUCACGCGAAGGCCUCACCUGGAGGAGCACAUGAUCCUGCACUCUCAGGACAAGCCCUUCAAGUGCACCUAUUGCGAGGAGCAUUUCAGGUCACGGUUUGCCCGGCUAAAGCACCAGGAGAAGUUCCACCUGGGUCCCUUUCCAUGUGAUAUAUGUGGUCGCCAGUUUAAUGACACUGGGAACUUGAAGCGCCAUAUAGAGUGUACCCAUGGAGGAAAGAGAAAGUGGACCUGCUUCAUCUGUGGGAAAUCAGUGCGAGAGAGAACUACUUUGAAAGAACAUUUGAGGAUCCACAGUGGAGAAAAGCCUCAUCUCUGUAGCAUCUGUGGGCAGAGUUUUCGUCAUGGGAGCUCAUACAGGCUCCACUUACGAGUGCAUCAUGACGACAAAAGAUACGAAUGCGAUGAAUGUGGGAAAACAUUUAUUCGUCACGACCACCUUACAAAGCACAAAAAAAUACAUUCAGGGGAGAAGGCGCAUCAGUGUGAAGAGUGCGGGAAGUGCUUUGGCCGCAGGGAUCACCUCACCGUGCAUUACAGGAGCGUGCACCUUGGGGAGAAAGUGUGGCAGAAGUACAAAGCCACCUUUCAUCAGUGUGACGUCUGUAAGAAAAUUUUUAAAGGCAAAUCAAGUCUUGAAAUGCAUUUUCGGACACAUUCAGGUGAAAAACCGUACAAGUGUCAGAUCUGCAACCAGUCUUUCAGAAUUAAGAAAACCUUGACCAAGCACCUGGUCAUUCACUCUGACGCCCGGCCUUUCAACUGCCAGCACUGCAACGCAACGUUCAAGCGGAAAGACAAGCUCAAGUACCACACUGACCACGUGCACGGCAUCAAGUCCCCCGAUGACCCGCUGAGCGCCUCCGAGGAGAAGCUCGGCACCUUGCCCGUGGAGUACGCGCCGGAUGACAAGAUCUUCCAGGCGGAAACAAAACAAUACAUGGACCAGCCCAAAGUGUAUCAGCCGGAAGCCAAGGCCAUGUUGCAGAGCGUGUCUGCCGAAGUGUGUGUCCCCGUAACGCUGGUCCCCGUUCAGAUGCCCGACACCCCAAACGAGCUAGGGCGCCACAGCACCCCCCUGCCUCCACCUUCGCAUGACAUCCUGUCACCACAGCCCCAGUCAACAGAUUACCCACGAGCAGCCGACCUGGCUUUUCUGGAGAAAUAUACCCUGACUCCUCAGCCUGCAAAUAUAGUUCAUCCCGUUCGACCGGAGCAGAUGCUGGAUCCCAGGGAACAGUCUUACCUUGGGACGUUACUGGGCCUCGAUAACACCACUGCCGUGCAAAACAUCUCCAACCCUGAGCAUCACUCGUGAUGAAGUCGAAACAUUCCACAGGCUCUGCCUGCGGCCGUGUGCUGGUGGCCUCGCAACGGUGGCUUUCGCGUUAGUACGACUGUGGUUUUUCAUUUCUCCACUUUCCCAAGUGCUCAGAACCAUCUCAGAUCAGGAAAACUAGUCUCUCUGUUUACUGAACAUCUGAAUGUCUGGAUACAUUUUGCAGUAUAAGAUUUGAAGUGAACAUUUUUUGUGAUUUUAAAAGAUUAUUUACUGUUAAUUUUAGUGGUAUCUCAAACUUUUCAAAAUUAGCUGUUGACAUUAGGGUGUUUUUGGAAUUUUACUUGUCUUUAGCUUCAUUCCUCUUUCCUCCCUUUCAUCUUCCAAACAAGCGCGAGGACCACGUCACCUCUGAGGGAGACUUUAUGGGAGUUUACUUGCGAUUAGAACUGUUCCUUACCCUAAGAUUCACUAUUUCCUCCAGAUUCUUAAAAACCGAUAUUAGGGAUUUGACUUUAAAAGGAAGCCUUGGAUACUUUUGUGUUGUUUCUUAGUCUGGCCACAAUUUCAGGUGAUCAUUUUCCUUUGGUCUUUCGGUAAACUCAGAGCCAGAAAGCUAACUAGUGUCAGAGUAGUUUGUUCAGUGAAAUGUUGAAUUGAAAUAAUUGUCCAUAUUACUGGUUUUUAACCUAUGCUUCAAUUAUUAUGAGCAAGAAAGGCAAAUAUAGAUCUAGGCAUUAAAUUAUACAAUUGAUGAUGUGUUGAAAGCAAAAUAGGACAGUAUCGCUCAAGGCAAGUUCACCCUUCGUAUUUGCUGUUUAUUUCCCAUUAACACUAUAUCACAGCAUAUAUCUUCAUCUCACUAAUUAAUGGAAGUUAGUUAACAGGUUAAUUUUGGUCUUGUUGACCUUGGCUAACUGAAACUCUAGGAAACAGAACCGAGAUAUUCCCUACAUAAUUGUUAGAAAAGGUGCCAAAUUACACACUUUGUGUCUAACUAAACUCAGUGUUCUUUACCUUAAUUAAAGGGAGCCACAGUGUGUGUACAACUAAUCCAGAUUUAUUUUUGCUUUUCACAUAAGCCUAAAGCCUAAUUAGCCUUGAUUUUUAUUUUUGUAUGAGACAGAAGUGGAGCACUUGGUGAAAGGAAAUGGCAGUUACAGCAAAAUCUCACUGGUUAAAAGUAAUGGAGAGAAAAAUCAGUGAAAUGCUAGGUAAUUAUAAAAUACCUUUAGAGAUGUGCACUUUCCAUAUAUCUUCAAGUCAGUUUGAGCUUCGACUAGGAUCCUGUUUCCUAGUAGCACUGCUUGGGGGCUAGAGUAGGCAGGGUGGAAUCUCCUUAGCAUGUCGUUUGUAUGUAAACUACUGGAAAAUAGCAAUUUUAAGAGUUUUCUAUUUCCGUUUUGUUUACACUCCUAAUUGCUUUAAGCACUUUUUUUGUGUAAACUGUAAUGUCUGGCCCAGCCCUUGUGAAAAAAAAAAAUCACAAAUAAAAUGAAGUUUUAAUGAAUAAAAUUUAGCCACUUACUGGGGAAGCAUGUUUGCUGAAGCACUUAAGGAAAGAAGGUUCUUACAGGAAUGCUCGCCAUGCUGGUGGAGAUAGAAGAAAAGGGUUCAGAACGGAGGCACUUACCCUGAGUAGCUCUUGUAAAUAGUCAAAGCAACCUCAGUUUUGCCUCUUUACUAAGGUUCGGUUAUACAUACCCUAGGACCAGUAGAUGUACUUACUGUAUUAAUGCUUCUUUUUUAAACAUUCUUUUGUGUGGACAUGUUACUCUAUCUGGGUACUUCCGUGACUGAACUUGGCUGAAUGAGGCACUGCUAGUCUGCUAGUCUUUCAAAUUGACUUUUAAAAAUAUCCUUAUGAUUUUUAUCCAAAGGACAAGACUUGUAACUAACAAACUUACUACUAUGUAAGGAAAUCGUACCUAACAAUGUAGUGCCUCGCGUGUGAGCAGCGUAGGAGACUUUGGGCUUGCAGAGAGGCAGGUGGCAUAUGCGCGUGUGUGUGGCGGAUUCUAAGUUUGGAAGCAGAAGAAAAGGGGGUUGCAUUUUCACAUUGAAAAGAGUACUUUGUUUUUGUUUUUGAAGGUACUGACUUUAGGGUUCUUUUAAUAAUAAUGUCCUAAAUGCUUUAAGUAUAUGAUUCGAUUGUAGGAACUGGUUUACAGUAGACAGCCUUUCUGGAAUGCAUCUCU